UUUUGUCGGUUAUUCAAUUGCGGCAGCAGAUGGCUACCUCCGGGAGCAUUCAGAGCUCUCGCACUUCAUUCUCCCGAAGAAACAAUAGCUUUACACGACCACCGGUUGCGGUUGCCGGUGUUACAUUCAGGCUGUUCGCUUCCGUUCUCUCCGUCGCCGUCUUCCUAUUCUUCACAGUCUCAUUCCUCUUUACCUCAUCGUCUGAUGUCGUUUCGUCCGAUUCCAACAUUAAUAUCGGGUUUUCUUUUGAUACGUACGGAACUGGAUCGUCUCGGAGGUCUGUGCUUGCGUUGAAAUCGGAUCCAUUGAAACCUAGAUUUGAUCAGAUCCGGAAGCAAGCAGAUGAUCACAGAUCGCUUGCUCUUGCUUACGCUGCGUACGCUCGUAAGCUGAAGCUUGAGAACUCAAAACUCGUUAGGGUUUUUGCUGAUCUCUCACGCAAUUACACAGAUCUGUUAUCAAAACCUGCUUACAUAGCGUUGUCUCACUCCGAUGCAAACUCAAUUGACGAGUCGACGCUGCGGCUGUUUGAGAAGGAGGUGAAGGAGCGGAUUAAGGUGACUAGACAAGUGAUUGCCGAGGCGAAAGAAUCAUUUGAUAAUCAGCUUAAGAUUCAGAAGUUGAAAGAUUCAAUUUUCUCUGUUAAUGAACAAUUAACCAAGGCGAAGAAGCAAGGUGCUUUCUCGAGCUUGAUCGCUGCAAAAUCAAUACCUAAAAGCUUGCAUUGCCUCACAAUGAGGUUGAUGGAAGAGAGAAUUGCUCAUCCAGAUAAGUAUUCUGAUGAAGGGAAGCCACGACCGGUUGAAUUUGAUGAUCCAAAGCUUUAUCACUAUGCUAUAUUUUCCGAUAAUGUAAUAGCUGCUUCAGUCGUGGUCAAUUCGGCUGUUAAGAACACAAAAGAGCCAUGGAAGCACGUUUUUCAUGUUGUGACAGAUAAGAUGAAUCUCGGAGCAAUGCAAGUUAUGUUCAAGAUGAAGGAGUAUAAUGGUGCUCAUAUUGAAAUAAAGGCAGUGGAGGAUUAUAAGUUUUUGAACUCUUCGUAUGUUCCAGUGCUGAAACAGCUAGAAUCUGCAAAUCUGCAGAGGUUUUACUUUGAGAAUAAGCUUGAGAAUGCAACAAAGGAUACAACCAAUAUGAAGUUUAGGAACCCCAAGUAUCUGUCCAUAUUGAAUCAUCUGAGGUUCUACUUGCCAGAGAUGUACCCAACACUGCACAGGGUUCUGUUCUUGGACGACGAUAUUAUUGUUCAGAAGGAUUUGACUGGGCUUUGGAAGAUAGACAUGGAUGGGAAGGUAAAUGGAGCCGUUGAGACUUGUUUUGGGUCAUUCCAUCGGUAUUCACAAUACAUGAAUUUUUCCCACCCUCUAAUCAAGGAGAAGUUCAAUCCCAAAGCCUGUGCCUGGGCUUAUGGGAUGAACUUUUUUGACUUGGAUGCUUGGAGGAGGGAGAAGUGUACGGAAGAGUACCAUUAUUGGCAAAAUCUGAAUGAAAACCGGACUUUAUGGAAAUUGGGGACACUGCCACCUGGUCUGAUCACAUUUUAUUCCACAACUAAACCAUUGGAGAAGUCUUGGCAUGUUCUGGGACUUGGCUAUAAUCCAAGCAUAAGCAUGGAAGAGAUCCAUAAUGCUGCAGUUGUGCAUUUUAACGGGAAUAUGAAACCAUGGCUUGACAUUGCCAUGAACCAGUUUCGCCCACUCUGGACCAAAUAUGUGGACUAUGAUAUGGAGUUUGUCCAGGCCUGCAAUUUUGGUCAUUAAACUUAUGGUGCAGUGAUGGGUGAAGAUAGCAUGAUUACCUUUACACGUAAACUGAACCCUUUAUCAGAUGCUGUGGAGUUCAUAUGUUUCCAAUUCCAAGUAUGAUCACCAUCCUUUCCUAUGUUAGUUUUGAAAUGUGUUUCUGAAGUGUUUAUAGUUCCAGAGUUAAUUUAUUUUGUUAUUUGUUUAGUUUAUAUAUCAGAACAAUAUAUACACCAGUAAUCAUGACUGAUGCCUGCAUUCCCUCUUAACAUUAUUAUAAAUGGUAAACUACAAACAGUUGGCU